UUUUGUUGUUACUACGUUUUCUGAUACUCAUGCUAUGAACGAUUAUACUAGAUCACGCAUAUUAUCCGAGACGGAUGAUCAUCAUAUAAUUUGCUUUUUUUAAAGCACACGUAUCAGAAAAUGCAAAUGUAAAUAAUCCAAAUGAUAUCGAGUUGUUACUUUUUUACAUUUAUAAUAGCAUUUAAUAGCAUUUAUAAUAUUACCGGUUAAAACUAACCGGUUUUUAAACCGCUGAUUUAGCGCUGCGCGAUAUGCGUGCUUGAAGUGGUGUGUGCAAUUUGGUAAUCUGCACCCUUUUGAAUACAAUUAUAAUCUCCAAAGUCGCUUGACAGUACUUCCGCGCUCGCGAUAUAACUGUAGAGAUAAAAACUGAAGAAACUAGGCCAAGCGAGAGGGUAUAUACUGUCAUUUUAUCAUGAUGCUACCAGAAUUUAAAGAGGAGUCUUCAACCCCGUGGCAUCGACGAUUUAAUUACCACGAUCGGUUCGCACAACUUGUGAUCAUAAACAACUUUAUAUAAAAUGUUAUUAAAUCUAUUAUCGAGACAAAUUAUUGUUCUCAUUACACUGUGGUAUUCUUCUGCGUACUCGCAACGAUGGGAAAGCGGUUUACGCCAAAGAUACGACGGCUACGGAGAGGAUUGGAUAUUCAUGCCUGAUGGCAAUGGGCAACCCCAAGUAGCUGUAUUAAAAGUAGAAGAUGGCGAAAGGAGUGGCGUAUUGGAUGGAUCGGAGAUAGCUUAUAUAAUUUAUACUCGUUCCAAUCCAAAAGAAGGCACGCGAGUGACUCUAAAUGAUACCACGAAUCUCGCUAAUUCCGAUUUUAAGCCCUCGCGAAAAACAAAGUUCAUAACACACGGUUGGAAAUCAAGCGCCAUGAGCACUGGGCUUUUGAAGAUGAAAGAAGCUUUCCUCACUCAUGGUGAUUAUAAUGUUAUCCUCGUGGAUUGGGAACCCUUGGCUGCGAGCACAUUUUACUUGGGACCAAUGCAGAAUACUGUAAGAGUCGGAACUGAUGCUGCAAAUUUCAUAGAUUUUUUAAUGAAAGAAACUGGAUUAAAAACGGAGAACGUUCACUUUAUCGGCCAUUCUCUUGGUGCACACGUGGCUGGGAACGCGGGUGGUGCGACUAUUGCUGGGAAAUUAAGCAGAGUAACGGGCUUAGAUCCAGCGAUGCCGGGAUUCCAUAUGCUUACUUCUGAAAAAACUCGAUUGGAUUCUACUGACGCGGUAUUUGUCGAUAUCAUACAUUCCUGUGGAGGUGUAUUAGGCUUUCUUCAACCUCUAGGAAAGGUAGAUUUUUAUCCGAAUGCUGGUACGGCGGUUCAACCUGGAUGUUGCUGCGUUCCCGAAAUAAUGGAGGCAUGCAGUCAUGGACGAUCAUAUGAAUAUUUCACGGAAAGUAUCAAUUCGAAAACGGGAUUUUCAGCGACAAAAUGCGAUAACUGGGAUUCGUACAUGAACGGUAAAUGCGCCAAUUCGCAAGUGACGUUCAUGGGAGAGCAUGUCGAUCAGACAGCCGAGGGUUUAUUUUUUCUCAGAACGAGAUCGAGUCCACCUUUCGCGUACAUGCCGAAAAUAAUCGAUAACAAAGUGUAAAUAGAAACGAUAUAUGUACAAAUAAUUGUAAUUCCUUAAAAUGCAUACACAUUUUAAAAUAAUUCAUGUUAUCUUACACAAGU